AUGUCAAGUAUUGAUACAGAUCUAAAUUUAUCUGAUAGAAAUUAUAAUAAAGAUAAAAAAGGAAGAAAAAGUAUUUUUGGUGAAUUUAUAAGACCACAAACUCCAGUAAUUGUUGUUGAAGAUUUUGAAGGACAAUUACCCCAUUCUUCAGUAUAUUCUUCAGGAAAAAUUUCUGAACUUCAAUCAGAUAUAACAUAUAAUUAUGGUUUUGGUCAGACAAAUCCUCAUUUUUUAAAAGUUCCAUCAAAAUUAUCAAAUAGAAAAAAUGUUUCAUUGUAUGAAUUUAAUGAUUGUAUUGAUACAUUAAGAAUAAUUCAAAAGAUUACUUUUUAA